UGAAAAUAUAUUGUUGUGACUUUGUCCAAUUAAAGUUUGGGCGAAAAUCUAGUAGCAUUCCAAAUAUCAAAAAGAUGAUACCUAUAAUAAAUUCACACUAUAUCCCAAAUCAUCAUCAAGAAUUAGAUACAAAAAAUGCUGCAAAAUACAGCACCACGUGACACUCUUCUACACCACACUUUGUAACUACCUCUUCGCCUAUAUACCUAUACUAACUACCUAAAAACAUUUCAAUUGGCUUAAUUCGUCUCAUAAUCUAUCACUUUCUUUCUUUUCUAGACAUCCUUACAUAACAGACAACACUAACAAAGUUGAUAGAAAGACCCCGUAAAAGAAAAUGGAGGCACCAUUGUUGAAUGGUUUUGCGAGAUCGGAGGAGGAAAACGGCGACUAUGAGGCGGUGAAGAGUGUUACGGAGGCGGUGGCGGUGUUCAAGGAAGAAACAAUGAAGCUAUGGAAGAUAGCAGGUCCAUUGGUGUUUAACAUACUUUGUCAGUAUGGAAGUAGUGCUAUUACUAACAUUUUUGUAGGACAUCUUGGGGACCUUCAGCUUUCUGCUGUCUCUAUUUCUACCUCCGUCAUUGGUACCUUCUCCUUCGGCUUCAUGCUUGGUAUGGGGAGUGCACUGGAGACAUUGUGCGGACAAGCUUUUGGUGCAGGGCAAGUUCACAUGCUUGGUAUAUACAUGCAACGUUCAUGGAUCAUCUUAUUGCUCGCGACUAUUCCACUAUUGCCUAUUUACAUCUUCGCUGCACCAUUAUUAAAGCUUCUAGGACAAGAUCAUGAUAUUGCUAAUCUUGCCGGAUUGUUUACCCUCCUUACCAUACCACAGUUGUACUCACUAACCAUCAAUUUUCCGACCCAAAAGUUCCUACAAGCUCAAAGCAAAGUCGAUGUACUAGCUUGGAUCGGCUUUAUUGCUCUAGUCGAACAUGUUGCACUUCUGUGGCUUUUCAUUUCUGUACUUGGCUGGGGUAUGGUAGGGGCUGCAGCAGCUUAUAACAUCACGAGCUGGGUAAUUACAAUUGCGCAAGUAGUUUAUGUUUUUGGGUGGUGUAAGGAUGCUUGGUCUGGUUUCUCAUUGUUGGCUUUUAAGGAUAUGUGGGCCUUUGUUAAGCUUUCAGUUGCCUCUGCUGUGAUGCUUUGCCUUGAAAUCUGGUAUAUGAUGAGUAUAACACUCCUUGCCGGUCAUCUCUCAAAUGCAAUCAUUGCUGUUGGUUCUCUUUCUAUUUGCAUGAACAUAAAUGGAAUGGAAGCUAUGAUAUUCAUUGGUAUAAAUGCUGCUAUAAGUGUUCGUGUAUCAAAUGAGCUUGGAUUGCAGCAUCCGAGAGCAGCCAAAUAUAGUGUCUAUGCUACAGUUUUCCAGGCUCUCCUUAUCGGUCUUUUGUGCAUGGUGGUCAUCCUCCUUGGUAAAAACUAUGUUGCUGCUAUUUACACUGACAGCAAGGAUCUGCAACAAGCCGUUGCUAAAUUAGCUUGGCUUCUUGGUGUGACAAUGGUUCUUAACAGUGUCCAGCCUGUCAUAUCAGGAGUUGCAAUUGGAGGGGGAUGGCAAGGCCUUGUAGCAAAUAUAAACCUGGCAUCCUAUUAUGCUUUCGGGCUACCACUUGGAUACAUUCUUGGCUAUGUAGCAAAUUUUGGCGUUAUGGGAAUUUGGAUGGGAAUGAUAGCAGGAACCCUCUUGCAGACGCUUAUUCUACUCUUCAUCCUUUACCGAACAAACUGGAAUAAAGAGGUGGAAGAAACAAGCAACCGUAUGCAGGUGUGGGGUGGGCAAGACAUUAAGGCAGAUAAGAUUGGUGAUAGCAUAUGAAUUUCUGCGCUCUUGCAUUGCAUGCAUUACUUAAGGUUCGCUCGGCAGGAAGUUUUGAUUUUUUUAACUGGUACGUAUUUGCCCAACCUAUGCUUAUAAAGAGGUGAGCAGAUAACUGUGACAUUAAAAAGCCGAGUUCUCCAUCGUAAUGUCGAAUCUCCAAGGCUUCAGGGCAAGGACAUUACUUCUCUACGAGACUAUUCACCCCAGCAAGGUUGUGUUGGAACAUGGCCUUAUUUUUUCUUCUCUGUUGUACUUCUUAACUUGCAUCAUUCUUGCAAUUUUUUUUGCAGCAAAUUUAGAAUUCAAUUUUUGUUAAUUUCUUGAAGUGUAAGAAAAAUUUGUGUCGAUAGUCCAAAAUUUGACAAUCUUCUUAAAUUAAUCCCAUAGAUUAACUCAUAA